AGAAAAAAAUAAUUGAGAAGAAAAUGAAGAGAGAAUGACGACUUGACUAACGUCCUAUGAAAUUUUAUUCCUCACUCAUGGAUGCCUCUAUAAAUAAGUCACGUAUUGUGUAUAAUAUGGAAGGUAUAAAUUUUCGUGCGCCUUCAUAAAUCCAGGCGCGAUGAUAGGGAACCCAUGCAUGCGCGUAACCUUUUAUAAACGAUAAUGAAGUAUCGUCGACGGACAUUAUGCCGAAGCAAUGUAAAAAUUAUGGUCUGUAAAAUCGUUUACGCACCAGAAGAGUUUUAUUUUUUUCUUAAUUUCUUUGUCUUCUUUUUUCUUUUUUUUAACCCCCCGUUUCUUUCAUCUCCCACGGGGUAAACGCGGGCUGAAAAACCACGUGGGAAAUUCAUCGGUAUUAGAGUGAAUCAAUUCGCGAAACGGGCAGCGUGUAUGGGGCAUUUAGCUGAAAAAUUUACUAAUUAAUCGUUCGGUUGCGUCAGUAAUAGUAUUUCCGAAACGAAAAAAGAGAAAAAGAAAGUCGCAGCAGCGAGAAACGAAAACGAUUCCAAAUUCCGUAGUGCGGCUAAUCGGUUGAAAAAGAAAAAUUUCUAAUUAAAAAUUGCUGCUAAAAAUUUAGCACGAAACACCCCUUGCAAACGUCGUUAUUCUCUAGUGGAUUUUUUCAUUUACGCGUCGUUAAUUUUCAGCGCGAUACAUAUAACGCACAUUUUUCAUUUUCAGAUCUUGAAGAUACAGGUACGUAACUAACGCGCGGUCGAUCAAAUAUCGUCACAGAAUGGCGAAAUGGAAAAAAAAAAAAAUCAAUUCCAUCCGCAUCUUGCCGAAUAAUUUCUAUCGUUUCUGCGUCCUCUCUUUUCCGUCCAGUACGUUAGCGGGUAGAUAUAAAAUCCGCGUAGUUCUGAGGUAGGUAAUCGAGAAAGUUGGCCAAGCAAAAAGUGGAAGAGGGAAGAGGGAUUCCUAUUCGCAGUGUAUGUGAGACAUGUACGUACGUACGAUAUACCGAUUGUUCUGACAAGUCACGUGGCGCACGCCAUGCGGUAAUUUGGGUUGGUUAUGCGCUAACGAAAUUAAGAAAGGAAAGCCUAAUGGAAGCAUUUACUGUCGUGAGAUGAAACGACGUUGGUCACAUCCAUAGUUCUCCGUAUUAUACACCGGAGCCUUUGAAACAAGGAAGUUGUUCGCGCGUACGUGCGACUCGACCGGCGAAUUAAAAAACCGCGUGAAACCGGUGCGUGAAUUUCGAACUUUUUUGCGGGAGCGAAAAAUAAUCGCGGAUGUACGCCAGCGGUCUCGCGCGUGUGUUGGCGAGGGAUUCGUUUAAUCGGGAUACGCCGUCCGAGAGGAAUGUCGAAAAAUUCGUUGACUUUAAUUUGAACGGAAUUUUCGAAACUUCCAAGUCGCGCAUCGUAUUUCACAUCCGUCACGUUCUUCUCCGUGCGUCUGUGCAGGGAAACCGCCGUUGAUUCGACGUAGGGAUGGAUUCCAGUGAUUUACUUUCAGUCCCGGUCCGACCGGCUUCAGGUGAACGUUGUUCCCGAACUUUGCUCAUAAACAUAAUCAGGAUAUCGCUCGCACUCCUCUUCUCUUUUCCUCUUCUCUUUUCCGAUUCCACUCUAAUUUUUCAUUAGCUGCGACCUUCCUACCGCGCAUAUUUAAUUAUAAUUUACAUACUUUCCUAAUUUUCUAAUUUUCCCUCGACCGGCUUGUCAACUAUCUUCAUUAAAUUCCUGCGCAGAUUAGCGAUAAAAUUAUUAACGCUAUAAUAAUCACAAUUACUGGUUGUACAUGCGGCGCUGAAAGGAUUUUUCUAGGACAAAACUUUUUCAAAAAGCGCAGGAAUUUUUUGUUAAAGUCACAAUUCUUUCAUCGGUAUACUUUUAAAUAUUUUGAAAGCUUUAUUUUUUUUUUCUGUAAUCUUUGUUUUCGGUUUUUUCCAAUCAAAAUGACAUCAACGAUCAAGAGCUGAAUUAUCACUGCUGACAAUCGAGGCGCAUAGUUAUUAUCCUUGAAUUAUAUAUCUUCAUUAUUUUUAUAAUUUCGUAGAAUGAUUAAUAUUAUUUUAUCCCAACCCAACUGAAAUUGCUAUUAAAUAUUUUAUAGUAUGUACACCAAUUUGCGUUUGAACAUACAUAAUCUGCAGCACGUACCUGAAUAUCAAAAUAUUAGGUACGUACGUACAUUAUUAUUCAUCAAUCGAAAUCAAUUAAUGGAUCAAGGAGUGAUCGAACAAAUGAAUUGAUUGAUUAAUUAAAAAACAAAAAAACUUUCUUUUAAAUUAUUUACGUGUAUGUGCGACGAAAUAUAAUCAUCUAUAAGUUGAUUGAAAAUAAAUGGAGAAGAGAAGAAUUCAAAUAACAAUACGAAACGUUGAGUUAUUCAAACGAUGACGCCGCAGGUGGUUUUCUCUGCGGUAUGUAACACAGCAAGUCGGCAGAAAAAAUAACAAAAUCCAAAAAAAUAUUAAACGAACAGAAGAUUUUCAUAAUCAAUUAAUAAUUCUCCUAUUUCAUCUUAUUCUCUGCUACCGAACUGCAUUAAUUUUGGUAGCAUGGAUUUGAGAAAAAAAAGGAAAAAAGAAAAUUGUAAAAAGUGAAGUUUAUGGGAACGUCCAAAUAUUAAAUAUCUUCUUCUCGUCCAUGUGAUAUGUGCGUGGAAACGUAAUUAUUUUGAUAGUAACGAUAAAAAAAAAAUAUACCGUAAAAAAGUGAACAAAAAAUAAUGUGAAAAUCUCCAACGAAUCUGCAGAAAUCACAGGGAAAUUAUCGACGAAAAUUUCAAUCAGAUGCGUUCGUUCGACGGCGGCUGAGCGCCAUGAGCUCGAUAUCCAUGGACGGAGGGUACGCGGGGCUCGAUUUCGAGGGUGGUCCGGCGCAGCAACACGUACCGGGGAGUCUCGGCCCCCUGAACACCUCCCUGGGGAACGUCGGAUGCGAGGAAUUGCCGUUCGAAAAUCAAAUUUUGGGAACCGCUUGGUUCCAAGCGAUAAUAUACUUCCUCUACAGCACCAUAUUCCUGAUGGCUCUGCUGGGAAACGGACUGGUCUGCUACGUGGUGUACAGCAGCCCCAGAAUGAGGACUGUCACCAAUUACUUUAUCGCCAAUUUGGCCGUGGGCGAUAUUUUGGUGACGCUUUUCUGCGUGCCAACGAGUUUCGUCAGCACGCUUAUACUGCAGUACUGGCCGUUCGGCGCCGAACUUUGCCCGAGCGUUAAUUACUCGCAGGCGGUGUCGGUACUGGUGAGCGCUUACACGUUGGUGGCCAUCAGCGUUGACCGAUACAUGGCUAUAAUGUGGCCGCUGAAACCGCGUAUGACAAAACGUCAGGCGAAAUUCGUGAUACUCACGGUUUGGGCGAUCGCUUUACUCACCGCAUGCCCGAUAGCCGUAGUUUCGAGGCUCGCCCAACCCGAACCCCAAUUCGUCAAGUGCGGUCGUUACAUCUGCCACGAAGAAUGGCCGACGAAUCAUCACAGAUACUAUUACUCCAUGGCGUUGCUGGUGAUGCAGUACCUGAUACCGAUAGUCGUACUGAUGUUUACUUACACGAGUAUCGCUGUGGUCGUCUGGGGAAAGCAGAUACCGGGCGAAGCGGAAAACACGAGGGACCAGAGGAUGGCGAGGUCGAAAAGAAAGAUGGUAAAAAUGAUGAUGACGGUUGUGAUCGUGUUCACCAUUUGCUGGUUACCUUUCAACGUGCUGAUACUGGCUCUGGACAACGACGAGAGGCUUCACAAGUGGUUGGGAUUACCCUAUCUUUGGGCAGCUCUCCACUGGCUCUCCAUGUCCCAUUCUUGCUACAAUCCGGUGAUAUACUGUUGGAUGAACGCGAGAUUUCGUGCAGGAUUUUUACAAUCCUUGGCAAGGGUUCCUUGCAUUCAAAGAAUUCUUCCGGAGGGUGGAAGGAGAACGCAUCACACAAGUAUGGCGGGAAUCGCUUUGACCGGAUUAGAUGGUCCAGAGAAUUCUAUUCUAAGGAGGAUCAACACUUGCAGUACUUAUAUUAGCGUUAGAAGAAAAACAACUGGAAAUCAUUACGCACCCGCGCGUUCAGCCAGUUUACGACACACCGAUCUCAUCUCUAGGACCGUUCAGGUUCAAAAUAGACGACUUAUUCGACUCGAUUCACAUCCCGAAGAACAAAUUUAGCGAUAAAUUCUCCGAUCAUACUUAAUCAAAAUCUACGAGUUUAUACGAUAUGAUUUUUUUUUCUACCCUCAACCGACGUCUAAUAAUUACUGCAAGACUUGAGUUUUUUUUUUCUCCCUUCUUCUAAAUGUUGAGCAGUCUUAUAUACUGUUUUAUACACAUACUAUACUAUAUAAUGUACAUUGAUUGACUGUCUAUAUUAUAUAUAAGAAUAUAUACUAAUUAAGUAUAUACGUACAUAUGUAUACAGAAAAAUACAGCGGUGCUUUCGGGUUCUGCACAACCGGAAGUUCCGAUGCUAGAUGUCUUUUCACUCAAUUGUAACGUCGGUUCGAAUGGAUCAAUCGCAUUAAUCUACCCGUGGGAAUAUUUGUAUCGCUUAAUAAAAAUACAUGAUAAUAAAUCAGAUAGGAUAACACCGAUUAUAUUAUGUUUAAAUGUAAAUACAUAAAAUACAUUACAGAGUACAGAUAUCGUGUCUGGUCAUCAGAUAAAUAUAUAUGUAUAAAUAAGAGUAAUCUUAAUAAUCACGAAGAUCAAUAUUAAAAUAAAAUAAUCGAACUUAUUUUAAAUCGUCGUAUAAGAUACAUUUAUAUUGGUGAUCGAUAUAUCAUCGUCUUGUAACGCUUUAUAUUGAAGUUUUCAUCAUCGUAAAAAUCAAAUGAAUAUAAGUACGAUUGAAUCAUGAACGUAUAUUUAUAAGUAUAUAUGAUAGGACUGUAAAUAAAUUAUCAACGAGGUACUCGAUUUGUUAUAAAUAUAAAAUGUACUGUCACUGCUGUCGUGUGAGAAAAAAAAAAAAAAAGAAAAAUUUACAUUAAACAAAUUAUUAAAAUGAUAACAUAUUUUCUAUAUUUCAUAUCGGUGAUGUUGGGACGGAUGGAACUUGUGAGGCUGAAGAGAUCUCGCACAAAGUCCAGCAUACUUCUGUUAUAUUUAUACACAUACAUGGCUGUAAAAUAGAAUUUUAUCAGGAGUGCGGCUCCUGGAGCUUCGAAAAUGAAUCCCCUUGGAGAAUUUCUUGGGUUUUCCCAAAGGAGCAACGUAUCGUCACGGUCUGGUGUUUUUGCGAGUAGAGAAUGAAUGAACGGGAGUUGCCGAAGUGAAGGGGGAAAAUCGAAUAAUGGUAUUUUCUAUCUAUGUACAAAUUUCAAUACUACUGUAGACACUUUCUGCAGAUAUUUAAGAGCCCUACAGUUUAUACUUUCUAAAAGUAUUACGUUGAUAAAUUGUUUUUCAAUCUAAGUUACUCCGAUAGCAUUCUCGAGAAAAUUUCGAUAACUGAAAAUUAAAGAAAGAAGAAAAAAGAAAGGAAGAAAACUAAGAUUCAAGAGGAGAUUUUUUUUCCUGUGAAAAGUUUUACCGCAAAAUUCUCGGCAAACUGGAAACUGCAGGUGUUUUUGUCAAGUGGAUGGCAGGAUGAAUUCAUAUACCACGAUUUCGGACGAUCAAUCUUCCGUAUUUAGCUCGUAAACGUGCUCCGCUGAAAGUCAUUGAAGGAGUUUUUAUUUGACAAAAUCUGAUUUACUGGAGAUAGACUUCAAUUUCGAAUAGUAACUAAUCCUUAGACCAAAAUCCCUAUAGUUUCUUUAUUUUUAUUUGAACGCAAACUGAAAUUCAAUCGAAAAUUUAGGAGGAUUUGUGAUAUAUUUAUUUGCUUAAGAAAAACGAGGGAACGUUCAUUUUUUUAUUUUUUUAUUGCAAUAUUCUCAUUACAUUUCACCAUGGAUAUAAUAUACAAAUAUUCCAGCUAAUAAAAUUUUUCACAACUUUCCAACACUUAUCAUAAUCAUUUAAAAAUUAAGGUGUAUGAUUUGUAAGUACACAGUUUGGAACAUAAUGUAAGUACAGGCGGUGGGUUUUUUAUUUUUCAUUUUUUUAGGAAUGUAAAUUCUCUUCAUUUAUAUGUUUCUAUAUUCGAUUAAGAAGAUAAAAUUUUUAUCAAUAAUUGUAACA